GUGGGCUAUGGACCCACCCGCCCAGGCGGGCCUGAAACCUUGGGGCCACCCCUUGGCAGGUUCCCUGUAUUUGAACCGUCUUCAUCACAAUUUUCAAGCUGUCAGCUUUCCCAAUCCUGGCCUCCGUUAGGUUGUUUGUCUUCUCGAACCAUUCUGUUUCUGGCUUAAGCAUCUCUCUUGUCUUUGGAGUUAGAAACACCUUUGCCUACAAUGGCCAAGAACAAAUUAAAAGGGCAGAAGUCCAGGAAUGUAUUUCACAUAGCCAGCCAAAGAACCUUCAAAGCUAAAAAUAAGGCAAAACCAGUUACUACUAAUCUUAAGAAGAUAAACAUUAUGAAUGAUGAAAAAGUCAACAGAAUGAACACAGCUUUUGUAAAUAUACAGAAAGAACUUGCAAACUUUUCGAAAAGCCUUUCUCUUAAAUCUGUGCAGAAAGAGCUGAAGCCCCGUGAAAAUGAACCGGCUAAUGUUGAUGAAGCGACGAGACUAAUGGCUCAGUUGUAAUCUAGUGACAGAAUAUCACAUUCCCCCAAAGGUCAAUAAACCGAAUGCUCAUACAACUUUA